AUGUGGCAAACUACGAUCAUCGAGCAUCCUUACUUCCCCAAGCACCCGACCCAAGAGAAACGGGACUUUCAAGCCACGGAGGAAUACAUCUUUCGCUUUUAUCGAUGGGGUUCAUCAGAGAAUGACGAUUUCACAAACUCUCCUCCAAUCGAGAGUAGCACAUCAUCCGGGGCACUGGUAUUAACAACUGACAACGCCCCAUCGGUGUCCCACACGCUUCCAAUUAAGAAUGACAGAGGAAAAUCAACUCGCUGUUUUCGAAGGGAAUACACCACCGAAGCCGGUUCAUUCUCCACAACCCACGAUGAACGCGUCACCAUCACUUACCCCGGCAGGUGCGCCACUAGCACAUCACAGAGCUCCCUCGACCCAUCUCCCACAACCGAUUUCAACAAGCAUGCCACCACCGCCGAGGUACGCGCCACCACCACCUGGGUACGCGCCGUCACCACCGAUGUAUAUUCCGUCGUCGGCGACUCAAGCACCACCGCCUGCCAUAAUCCUACUCACAUGGCCACGCUCGAGGGCAACGUCACCACUCUUCAAAACACGGUUGACCUAAUGGCCGCUAAUAUGGCCGAGAUGAUGGCCUUGCUCAGGGGGCCAAAUUGCUCGUCUUCAAGCUCCACCCCGCCUCUCGCACGUGAGCCAACUAUCGACCCCGCUCCUUGCAUCCCACCAACCCAUGCACCAGAGGGCGACAUAGCGGCCGCCCCCGCAACGACAAUUAUCCCAGGGCCCGCUCCUCGUCCGACGCACACGCCGGCAGUUCACCCGGUCGACUUCUGCCAUCCUCAGUCCACCAUUCCAGCAACUGUCUCACUUCCGCCCAUGAUGAUCUCCGUGCCGGAUCCGGUUAUGUUCGCACCAUCUCCUGUGUCCGUGCCAGCUCCAACUACAGUCUACACCGUUCCUUUGCUGAUGGGCUUCCCAACAUCGAGCACCCCUGCUCCUGCUCACACUACUGAACCUUUCCCUUACCAAGCUCCAAACCCUCACAUCGGCCUUCCUUAUCAAGCUCCACCUCCCAUAAAUAUUACUUUCUCUAAACCGAGCACACCGACUCACGCGGCCCCCAUAGCUCCACCCACAAAUUUCCUCCCCGGAAAGGAGACAGAACAGGAGAGGAGAAUGAAGAAGAUGGAAGAGACUAUCAGGGCCCUCCAAGCUAGUGAUCCGUAA